AUGUUUAGCUCACUCGCGCGCAGCUCCUUCAUUAAUGAAGCUGAAAAAGAAAAUAUCGAGAAACGGACUAUGGCCAAAACCGGGAGCCCGGUGCCCCUGCUCCAGCCGGUCCGGCACGCAUGUGUGUCUGUGGGACCCCCAGAUGGUGCAGCGGCCGCAGAUUGCCAGCCGGUCGAGGAAUACCAAAUCAGCCCUGUGAUGUUGUCGGGACUUGAGGCCAACGCGGUGGGGGCGUUUGGAUAUGGUUGCUUUCAAGGACCCACCCACCGGAAGAGUUGGUUGAUAGUUAGAUAG